UGGGGGGGCAAUGUGACAAUUAAAGAUAUGUAGUCUGAGGAAUCAGUCCCCAAAGAGAGAGGGGAUUGAAUCUAUCCGGAUUUCGUUUAAGUGAGGAGCUGGUCUUCUUGGGGAAAAAAAAGUGCAAAAAGACAAAAAAAAAAAAAAAAAAGUGGAGAGGGUGGAGCGGGGGAUGCGGCGAGUGGACCCCCAGCGGAUGCUCGGGCGCGCGGGGUGUUGCUGCUGCUGGACGCCCUCCCCUCACCUCCGCCCCAGGCUCAGGGCCUGCCCCAACCCUCGCGCGGCCCCUCCCCCGUUCCCCCUCCCCGCCGAGUGGGCCUGAGCCGCAGAGCCGCGACGCGAGUGCGGAACUCAGGGCGCGGGCGGCGGUGGGGCCGGGGCGCGGGCCGGGCUGGCCAUGGCGCGGGCGGCGGGCGCGCGGGGCCCGACCGGGUGGUGCGGGAGGCGCCGGCGCUGCGGCCGGGGCGCGCUCCUCGCCUUCGCCGCGUGGACCGCGGGCUGGGUGCUGGCGGCCGCGCUGCUGCUCCGCGCGCACCCGGGUGUCCUCUCCGAGCGCUGCACAGACGAGAAGAGCCGGCGCAUCCUGGCCGCGCUGUGCCAGGACUACCGGGGCGGCGCGCUGGCCGGGGACCUCUGCCAGGACCUGUGUGUGGCGGGAAAGCUGCUGUUUCAACGCUGCCUGCACUACGACAGGGGCAAGAAGGUGCUGCAGGCCGACUGGCGCGGCCGGCCCGUGGUCCUCAAGUCCAAGGAGGAGGCCUUCUCCAGCUUCCCGCCCCUCAGCCUGUUGGGAGAGGAGGCAGGGGAGGGUGGCCAGGACAUCCCCGAGGCAGAACUCCUCCUGAUGGUGGCUGGGGAGGUCAAGAGCGCUCUGGGCCUGGAGUUGUCCAACAGCAGCCUGGGGCCGUGGUGGUCGGGCAGGCGGGGCCCGCGCUGGCGGGGACAGCUGGCCAGCCUGUGGGCGCUGCUGCAGCAGGAGGAGUACGUCUACUUCAGCCUGCUGCAGGACCUCAGCCCACACGUGCUGCCCGUGCUGGGCUCCUGCGGCCACUUCUACGCGGUGGAGUUCCUGGCCGCGGGCGGCCCCCACCACGGGGCACUCUUCCCCCUGGACCAGGCCCCAGGUGCCCCUGGGGGUGGCCAGGCCAAGGCCAUCAGUGACAUCGCACUCAGCUUCUUGGACAUGGUGAACCAUUUUGACAGUGACUUUUCCCACCGCCUCCACCUCUGCGACAUCAAGCCGGAAAACUUUGCCAUCCGGAGCGACUUCACAGUGGUGGCUAUUGAUGUGGACAUGGCCUUUUUUGAACCUAAAAUGAGGGAAAUCCUUGAGCAAAAUUGCACAGGAGACGAAGACUGCAAUUUCUUUGACUGUUUUUCAAGAUGUGAUUUACGAGUCAACAAGUGCGGAGCGCAGCGUGUAAACAACAACCUGCAGGUCAUCUGUGACAAAAUAUUUCGCCAUUGGUUUUCCGGACCUCUCAAGAGCUCUGCGGUCUCUUUCCAGCUUCAGCUGCAGUUACAGGAGGCGGUGCAGGAAUGUGCAGACCCUGGGGUCCCCAGCGGGAACACCCGGAGAGCAGCCCCCAGCGUGUUCUGGAAGCUUCACCGACUCCUCCAGGCCACACUGAGGGAGCUCCAGGAGGCAGAGAAGUAGCCACUCUCUGGCCUUAAACAUGCUCAGACAGGAAAAGUGACCUUCGCUGGAUUUCUUCUGCCAUUGUUUUAAAGAUGAGCCAUUUCCCCCCCGCUCUCUGGGGUGCCGUUCUGGCCUCCACAGUGUGGAUCGGCAAGUGCUGCUGCCAGAGACAGUGCUCCCUCGCUCUGGUCCCACCCUGGCCUCUGACCUGUCAGCUUGUGUAAAAUGAGUGGAGGGAGGAGGUACAGACCUCCCUUCAGGAGGGCUCUCGGUCAGAAGACACAAACCUGUGUGCACUUAUUCUCUGCAGAGAGCACUUGUACCUGGUUAUCCCAGCAUGAGUUCCAGCUGUUCUUUCCUGUAAAUCGUUACCACGUUAAAAAGUGUGUGUGUGUGCAUGCAAAUGAAUGUGUAUGCCUGUGUCUGGGUGCAAAUGAGCAUGUGAGCAUGUGUGAGUGUGCCCAUGAGUGCAUGUGUGUGAGUGUGCCCAUGAGUGUCUGCAUGUGUGUGAGUGUGCCCAUGAGUGUCUGCAUGUGUGUGAGUGUGCCCAUGAGUGUCUGCAUGUGUGUGAGUGUGCCCAUGAGUGUCUGCAUGUGUGUGAGUGUGCACAGGUGAGUGUGGUGUGCUCAUGAGGAGUACGAGUAUGCCUGAGUGUGAAUGUAUAUGAGUGUGAAUGAGUGUGUGCACGGGUGUCAGCAUGUGUAUAUAAGUGUGGGCAUGUGUAUGUGAUUGUGUGAGUGUGGGCAGGUGAGUGUGUUGGGGAUGUGGGUUAGGGUGGGGAGUGCUGCUUUCUCUAGUGUGUCCUCCGGAACAGCUUGCCUGCCUAGCAGAGAAGUGUGACCUUUCUUUUGGAAUUAAAUACAAUAAAAAGAAAAUAAAUUGCA